GGGCCGCGCUUGCUGCUCUCUGCCGCCACCCCGAGGUUGCGAUGUCUCCGUCUCCUCGCUGACCCACGCGCGCACCGUCCAUCUUCCGGCGGCCGAAAUCUCCUUUUUCCUUUUCCCCAUUGACCAACCAGAAAGCCGCCCUCCAGAUAAAUGCGGCCAACCAGCGAUCGCCAUCGCCGUAUCCCAUUCCGUCGCUCUUUCGGGUCGGUAGCAUCCGUUGUAACGCGACCGAGUUCCUGAUUUCGCGAUACUCGUUUCAAGAUCUUUGUUCGGCGUUUUCGCGGUUCUUCCCUUCGAUUGCGGGCUUUGAGGGAAAGCUUUCCCGCGGAGGACCUGCUGGAAGGCGGGAGCAGAGGAGACCAGGAUAUCAGAGGAUACUGGUGGUGAUCCUGAUCGUGAACAAUUGAAAGUCUGUUUCAUCUGGAAGAAAUCGAACGAAGAGAAAAAAGGAGAAUGAGGACGCGUUCGGUCCUUGUGGCUCUUGUCCUCCAACUUCUGCUUCUGUGUGCCUCCACAACAAUAAUGGCGGAUCCAAGAUCCAACACGUUGUUCGUGUCAUGCAGCAAAGAUUUGGAGCACAACACGACGGCCUACGUCCCCAACUUCCUCAACACCAUGGACAACAUCAGCAACCAGGUGCGUACCGACCAGUUCGGCCUCUCGGUGAAAGGCUCGGGGCCGGACUCAAGCUACGCGCUCGCUCAGUGCUACGGCGACCUCUCGACCCUCGACUGCGUCCUCUGCUACGCCGAAGCUCGGACGCUUCUCCCCCAGUGCUUCCCUUUCAACGGCGGCCGGCUAUUCCUCGACGGCUGCUUCAUGAGGGGCGAGAAUUACAGCUUCUUUGAUGAGAUUUAUGGAUGGCCGGACCGCAUCAAUUGCACCAACUCUGCCCCCAAGUCCAGCGCCUUCGCUGCAUUGGCCAGGCAGGUGGUCGGUCGGUUGGUCAUGGAUGCGUCUGGAAGCAGCGGCAGGUUCAGCAGGGCCGCGGUCACCGCCGGCAACGAGUCGGUGUACGGCCUGGCCAACUGUUGGAGGACGGUGAACGCCAGCCGGUGCAGGGAGUGCUUGACGAACGCGUCGGCGGCCCUGUUGGGAUGUCUGCCGAAUUCCGGAGGGCGGGCCAUGUACACGGGAUGCUUUCUGAGGUUCUCGGACACGGACUUUUUGAACAACUACUCGAACGGCGGUGGCAAAGUGAGCAAAGCUGUUCUAAUAGCAGCUGUGGUAAGCACAACUUCUUUCGCCAUCAUUGCCAUUGUAAUUGGAACGUAUCUUUGGAAGCAGAAAAAGAUCGCAGAUAAGCGGAAAGCAUCUGUGGAGAAAAUAGAACCAAAACUUUUGAACAGUAACCUGCAUUUCACUUAUUCUGCACUUGAGAAAGCUACUGGAAAUUUCAACUCAAAUGACAAACUUGGACAGGGAGGUUUUGGUACUGUUUACAAGGGUGUACUGGCAGAUGGAAGAGAAAUUGCUGUAAAGAGGUUGUUCUUUAAUAAUAGACAUCGCGUAGCAGAUUUCUACAAUGAAGUGAACAUGAUCAGCAGCAUUGAGCACAAGAACCUCGUGAGGUUGCUUGGUUGCAGUUGCAAUGGGCCAGAGAGCCUUCUUGUCUAUGAAUACUUACCAAACAAAAGCCUUGACGGCUUCAUAUUUGACCCAGUUCGUGCUAGGCAAUUAAAUUGGGAGAAAAGAAUGGACAUCAUUGUAGGAACUGCAGAAGGCUUGGUGUAUCUGCAUGAGAAUUCCGUAAUCAAGAUCAUUCAUCGAGAUAUAAAAGCAAGCAACAUACUGCUUGAUUCUAAAUUCCGAGCCAAAAUAUCUGAUUUCGGCCUUGCAAGGUCCUUUGAGGAAGACAAAAGCCACAUAAGCACGGCCGUUGCGGGGACAUUGGGUUACAUGUCACCUGAGUACCUUGCUCAUGGACUGUUAACAGAAAAGGUAGAUGUGUACAGUUUUGGUGUUCUCCUACUUGAGAUUGUAAGUGGUGUGCAGAACAGAAAAGCAGGGGAGGAAUACACAGAGAGCCUACUUACGACGGCAUGGAAGCGUUUCCAAUCAGAUACCGUGCAUGAGAUGAUUGAUACAAAUAUGAUGGCGGCUUACAACACUCACGAUCGUUACACUGUCACAAGAGAGGCAUGCAGAGUUGUUCACGUGGGGCUUCUUUGCACACAAGAGGCCUCUGCUCUAAGACCUUCCAUGAAAAGGGCUCUGGAGAUGCUGUUAAGAAGGGAUGAAAGCCUAGCACCACCAUCCCACCCUCCUUUCAUGGAUGAAACAAGAAUGGAGUUCAAUGAUAACUUCGACAGCUCCAGCUGCCUGGUCUGCCCUUCAGGAUCUUCUGGAGCCAGCAUCUCUCACAGUAGCUUCUAUCCAAGGUGAAGAAGCAGGAUCACUUGCAGAAAAAAGAGACAGGAUGAGGCUAAAGAUCUCUUGUUGAAUACUUGCCUACUACUAGACAAGGCUUGUCCUUUGUUUAGUGCUACGGAACUUUCAGCACUAAGCAGGUCUUGUAAACGGCGAGCCGUGUUGGUGUUGCAUGUUGAUGUUGUCAUGCGCCAACUGACCUUAUAAUGCACCAGUUACCUCAUCGAGUCUGGAUAGAAAGAUGGGCCGUCGCCGCCUCGAAAAAGUUACAAGAGUGUAUGCCUUUCCAUAUGAAAAGAGGCAACAGGUUGCAUGUGUCCUUAUGAGCCAAUUAAGCGAGCAUCUCAGUAACAGAGGAAUGGCUACAUAUGAUCUGUAAGGGUUUUAUUCUUUCUGUUUCAGAUUAGAGAUUGGGAUAUUCCAAUAUUGAGUUGUAGAGGAUGGGUGGAGGUCUUCAUUGGUUUAGAAAUCAAGAGAUCAUGCCAACUUCAUUUUACGUAAUUAUCUGGACCAUGUAUUGUGUAAUUAAUGAUUAAUGGAGAUGAUGAUGGUAUUGCCCAGUAUAGUAUGAUGUGCUCUGAGAGAUGUAGCAUAACUGAUGGGGCUGAUUGGUUGGUGAAAUUGUGGUUGACUCUAGUAAACGAUACUCUUCAAACAGGCGGAGUUGGAGCUGCUUGCAAGAUGACGAACAAGCUUGAUGAAAGCCUUGAACUUGCUGGACCAAUUAAGCAAGAAGGACCAAUUAAGCAAGAAGCUAAGCCUUUUCCCCCUCAAAAAGCUUAGGCCAGGCCCCGUGUAGAGCUGCGCAUGAGUUGAAUCGAGCUCAAGUUCGGCCAAUUUGAGCUCAACUCGACUCAAAAAUACUCCAGCUAGAACUCGACUAGCGCUUGACAAAACGAACUCGCCCUGAGCUUGACAGAACAA